AUGGUGUGCAAUAAAAGAUUGGACUUUGCUCAACUCUUUCUUGAUCAAUUGAUUGAUUGUAUCACUAGGAAGAAGAAGCCAUCGUAUGUCCUAGAUCCUCGAUGGCUUGGUUUGAUUUUGGCUCAUGAUGAAUGUUAUAUCGAUAAUCAUGGGUCAUCAUUCCAAUUCUUUCCUUGUCUUCAAAGAUCAUCAACACUACUCCUAUUGAUGGAGAAAAACAUAUUACUAAAAAAAUGGCAAAAUAGAUGGUCCAUCCCUACUCUGUUGAAUCCUUUAAUUCUGAAGAAGAGGGACAAUGAGGCUGAUGAAGAAGAAAAUGAUGAUGAUGAACAAGGGGCUGAUGAAGAAGAAUAUGUUGAUGAUGAAGAAGAUGGGAUAGUCACUAAUAAGGGAGAAGAAUAUUUUCAGGGAAUGAACUGUCCUCCGAGAUUGAACAACCACAUUAGAUUCUCAACUACUUCUUCAUCCACUCCCUCUGCAAAUGAUGUUGCUCUUGAUUCUGCUGAUGAAAUUUCUGAUGUUCAAAGCACUAAUGUUAAAAACAAGAAUAUUCAGUUUUGCAACAAUAAUGUGGACAAAAAACACCAAAUUUCAGAGCUAAAUACCAGGAUCGACAAAAAGAAGUUUGGAGAUGUGUUGGCUCGUAGAUCAAAGCCUGAUACCAUCAUCAGGGUGGUGAAGUUAGCAAUUCGACAGCUGCUUAACGAAGUCAAGAAGCUGAAUCUUAUGUCAUUAGCUGGUCCUUCUAAACCGUCCACUUCAGGAAGAACAAGAGCUCCUAGAAGGUCCAAGUAUACGAAGUUUAUUCUUCCAUAUGGCACUCACUACAUGAACAAUGAACUGUUAGUGGGUAUUGAACCAAUUCAGCACAUGUUCAUUCGAGAACCAGAACAUGGUAUUUUCUAUAUUGAUAGUUAA